AGUGAGAGGCAAAAACAAACGAAAUUAAGACGAAAAAUGCGAGCAAACCGACCGGCGUCUGCACCGACUGGCAAGGCAAGUAGACAGACAGCCCAUGAGACCAACAAACCGGAGAGCGCAGCAGCCAGCAGCCCUAAGCCACCAGCCACAACAAGGAGGAAAAGACAACAAUUUUCAACGGAUAUAAAUGGCUUAAACACCCUAUCGGACCGUUUUAGUUCGGUACCGGCGGUUGGUGUGUGAUUACGAUCGAACAGUACAUGUGCGCGCGGUUACUUACCGGAGAGUUGCGUGAUCGAACGGGAUCUUGCGUAGGACAUACAACCGAUCAGCAGACACGUGCUGUGACAAAUCAGGAUUAGCAACGGAACGGGCCGUGCAUGGUGGAAGAAAGGCGUACCCGAAAUUUUUCGGUGAAAGUGAACGUCGUCUGUGUCCAUCUCGGUAUCGACCUUGGAAAGGACUGAUUAUUGCAGUGAAGUGGAAACAAAGCGGAUGUGGGGACAGUGAACUGUAGCAACGCUCUGGAUCGACAAGUUGACGAUCGACAUUGUCCGUCCAGUUAGCCAGUGGCUUUGAACGACGUUAUUGAAGUGGAAACUUGUGUGCUUGUUUGGGAAGUGACGAAACUUGAUAAGUUUUACGUCAACGACAGUGGAAAGCAAGUGGUAACUGAUUGAAAACUGAUCAGGUUGGAUUUUUUGUGCUACUCCAGAAAAGGAUAAAGACUGCCAAAAUGAUGAAAAAGUACCUCAUCGGCUUCGUGAUAUGGUCCUGUCUGCUGCAGCUGACCUCAGCAGAACCGGAAACCGCUCCCAGUCGGCCGACCAACCUGGAAGACAUCGAACGAGACAACCUGAAGAACGAACGGCACCAGGCCUUCAAAAAGGAAGCCUACCCCUCCCAGUCAGCCCAGGCAUCGUCCUCCCACGGAGCCAACCACUAUUCCGUUCAGAUUGAACACCAUCCUGGUGGAGCCACCAGCCAUGCCGGAAUUAACUACCUGCUGCCACCUUCUGCUCCCGCCUCGGUCCCCGUUUCAGGUCCAACCCACCCAGGCAUCAACUACGUGACGCCAAUCCCGUCCGGACCACCUUCCAUCACCUACUCCAAAGGUACCCCUACCACCACCGGAUCAUUCCGUCCCAUAAUCCCCUCUGAACCUUUCCCUUCCGUUUUAGAAUACACCCCGCAGUAUCAGCCUCAGUAUCAACCUCAGUACCAGCCCCAGCAAAAGGUGCCUCAAGUGCACGAGGAACAUUCGACCUACACGGUUCCCUCACGGCAGUCCCUGAUCCAACCGAUCAUCGGCGGAAGUGCCCCGGCCCAAACGUUCCUCACCCCGCAACCGCAGUAUGUGUACGUGCAAGCUCAGGCUCAGGUCCAACAACCUCCACCACAACAGCCGCACCAGCCUCAAAUUCAGUACGCAAAUCAACCGAAUCUACCGCAAUCAUUGCUGCACAUUCUCCCGCACCACCAAGGAGCUUAUAUCAUGAUCCCACCGACCAGACCGUACUACCCACAGCAACCCCAUUCGGCUCAACAGUUUGCAGCUUAUGUGAACGACCCGGACAACCAAGUGCAGACCUACUCACACGGUGAAUCCGGUCAACAGAGCCCGCAACCUGCUGACAACAGUGGUCCUCCGGCGCCGACACCAGCCCCAGCCCAAAAAGCCCCCGGCGUGAUCUAUGCAUCGCCCUCAUCAACUCCGGCACCCCACCGACACCAAUCGCCAUCGUCCGAAUUCUCCAUUGUGAAAAGCGUCGAAACUCCAGUCUACUACUCUCCGGACAAUCACCUCAACUCCCCUCCAACCAUUCACUUCACUCACUCUCCCGCCAAGCCAGCCAUCCAAAUCCACCACGAAACUCAAACCCACUAUCCAUCCCUGACGCACCCCAACAACGGAAUCCUGAACUACUUUGGUCUUCAGCACAAGCAACCAACCAGCCUUCUGGACUCCUACGUCCCAAGUUCCCUCCAACUAUCCCCCAUCAAACAAUUCGCGUAUCCUUCUAAACCCGCUCCAGUUUACCGCCCAACUCUCCAGCACUUUCACCCCCAUCACGCCCCUCCCCAACAACAACUAUUCUACCAACCCACCUACCCCGUCUCCCACUCAGCGUAUCCACUCUACCCAACGCACACCCCAUCCCUCGCACCACAACCGCUCCCCUCUGCAUCCGCCCCCGCCUACAACACCAUUGCCUACUCGGUCCCCCUGUCGCAAACCAAAACCGUCACCCAGUACAAGCGGUCACCGGCCCUCGAAACCGUAGCCGGCGUCCGAUAUUCCCAUCCGCGGGCGGUUUCCGCAUCGCCGUCAGGUGCCAUCACAACCAAGCUGCAACCAUCUUCCAAGUUUUAAUUAAGAUCUUACCAUCGUGGCCGUGGCCACUGAUGGCAGAUUUGCGAAACGAACGACGACGCGACGAAGAUGAACGAGAAUCUCGAAGCGAAACCCGUGCUGCAGUUACUCAGCUUACUUACCUACUCGUAGAUAAUUUAUGAUGGAAUUAGUUUUAACUCUCUCUUACCAAAUAGUGCUUAGUGACACCCAUGACGACGACAACGAAGAAGGGAGCUCCUCCUUUCACCCAGAUACGAUGGGAUCUUGAGAUUUAUGGCGAUGAAUCGCGUUUUAGAUUAGUAUGCAUUCUUGUGCAAAAGUUUUGCGAUUGUGAUUCAUCGAUGUACUCAAUUCUGUACAGUUGUGUUUAUUUAAUUGAAUAAAAAAAGUUAAUUGUUACCAUGUA